UCGGGCCCCGGCGAGGGGAGGAACCGUGCCCGUGCCCAGCCUCGCCCCUGCGCCGCCCUGCGCGCCUCGCACCGGCACCGGCUCCGGCUCCGCUCGGCGGGGUCCCGCCGCCCGGGCAUGAAGGUGCUCCGGCACAAGAUCGAGCUGCUCACAGGGCUGCUGCUGCAGGAGAUGACCAUGGCUGGGCUACAUGAGCUGCGCUUCACUGAGGAGAAGCCGUUGCUGCGUGGGCAGGAGGCCGAACUGGAGAACUCGGAUGUCUUCCUCUCCACUGUGGACAUGGACUGGAAGGAACAUGACAUUGAGACCCCCUACGGGCUGCUGCACGUGGUCAUCCGGGGCUCACCCAAGGGGAAUCGCCCGGCCAUCCUGACGUAUCACGAUGUGGGCCUCAACCACAAGCUUUGCUUCAACACCUUCUUCAACUAUGAGGACAUGCAGGAGAUCACGAAGCACUUUGUGGUGUGCCAUGUGGAUGCACCAGGCCAGCAAGCAGGAGCAUCGCAGUUCCCCCAGGGGUACCAGUACCCAUCCAUGGACCAGCUGGCUGCCAUGUUACCCAGUGUGGUGCAGCAUUUUGGGUUCAAGUACGUGAUCGGGAUUGGUGUUGGGGCAGGAGCCUACGUGCUGGCCAAAUUUGCGCUCAUCUUCCCUGACCUGGUCGAAGGACUCGUCCUCAUGAACAUCGACCCCAAUGGCAAAGGCUGGAUUGACUGGGCAGCUGCCAAGCUCUCUGGCCUCACCAGCACACUGCCGGACAAUGUCCUGUCCCACCUGUUCAGCCAGGAAGAGCUGAUGAACAACACAGAGCUGGUGCAGAGUUACCGGCAGCAGAUCAGCAGCGUGGUGAACCAGUUCAACCUCCAGCUCUUCCUCAACAUGUACAACAGCCGCAGAGAUUUGGACAUCAACCGGCCUGGAACUGUGCCCAAUGCCAAGACACUGCGCUGCCCUGUGAUGCUGGUGGUUGGAGACAAUGCACCUGCUGAAGAGGGGGUGGUCGAGUGUAACUCCAAGCUGGAUCCCACCAACACCACCUUCCUGAAGAUGGCUGACUCUGGUGGACUGCCCCAGGUCACACAGCCCGGCAAGCUGACCGAAGCCUUCAAGUACUUCCUGCAAGGCAUGGGCUACAUUGCCCACCUGAAGGACCGGAGGCUGAGUGGAGGCUCAGUGCCGUCUGCCAGCAUGACCCGUCUGGCACGCUCUCGCACGGCCUCCCUCACCAGCGCCAGCUCGGUGGAUGGCACUCGACCACGCGCCUGCACCCACUCGGAGAGCACUGAGGCCAUGGGGCAGAUCAACCACACGAUGGAGGUAUCAUGCUGAGGUCCACGCCUGCCGCCGACAUCUCCUCCAGAGCCAUCUCCCAUCUGUCAGCAUCCCUCCAGCACCCACUCGCCCCUUGGACGUCCUCCACCAGGACCCUUGCUCCUUUGGGAUCAGUUUAUCUUCUUUGCCAUUGGCUUCAUCCCCUUGUCUGGUACCGGAGGAGAGGGGCUUCUCUUCACUGCCUUCUGGCUCCGGCUCCUGGCUUCACCCAAGUCACACGUGAUUCUGCAUUGGUCUUCACCCUCCUGAGCAGUGGCUUGGCCCUGGCUUGGCAGGCUGGAUGGCAGGAGGACAGGGCCAGGAUGAGGGAGCAGGGGCAGGAUGAUGACAUGGGAACAGGAUGGUGGGAUAGGGCAGGACAGCAAGCUGUGGGCAGGACAGCAGGAUGUGGAGAGGACACAGGAGGUAGGUUGGUCCUUCAAGGUCAACCAAUGACUGGCCAAGCUAGAAGAAAGACGGAGCAUAGAAUGGCACUCACUGGGAGGUCACUUGGCCCUUCCUGGGGACGCAGCUCCCAUUUGUCCCCACCGGUCCUCCCUGGGGACAGCUUGCAUGGGAGCCCCCACCAGAUCCAGGACCUGCUGCCCCAGAGCUUGCUGAGCAUUAUGAGAAAUUGCACCCCAAGUUGUCCUCUCCCCCUGGUCAUGUACCCCAAGGGCUGCCCCAGGGAGGGGCAGAGGGCUCAGCCCUGCUCCAGCAGCCAUCAGGACAGGAGGGUGGCAUGGGGGUCCCCCUGCCUCUGACCACACCCUCGCCUGUGGUGGGGCUUCCUUGGUCUCUUGUUGUAAGAAGCAACAAUCACCACCUGUCACCGGAAAUACACUGAGGGUAGAAGGGAGGUCUGUGUGCUGUGGCUUGCUUGGUCCCUGCCACACGGGCAGCUCUUGGGCUGAGGCUGCCAAGGCUCAGAGGCCACAGGAUUUGGGGAUGUCACACGGCAAAUCCUCCUUCCAGUUUCACCACAGCCUGUGGAUGUCACUGCAGUGGAACCAUUAGCAAUAAGAUGAGACACUCCCCUCACUCACAAUGCUGUGGAGCCCUCAGCAGCCUCUGCCCCACAGAGUGCAUCACCACAAGGUGCUGGCAGUGUGGGGCGACCCAUGGGACACGUGGAGCACCUGUGCCUGGCUUUGCCCACAGAGCUGGCCAGACCCACCAUGGCCCCCCCAGAUCCACAACCCCCAGCAUCUCGCCUGCGCACUGAGCAAGGCGUCUCUCAAGGGCUUGGCUCCCCCUGAGCUGCAGGGCCCCAUCCAGCCACUGGCUCCAGGUGGAUCCAGCCUCUCAUGCUUGGCAUGGAGAGCCGCAUCAUCGCGUAACCCCGCCGCUGGCCACCCAGCCUCUGCUGCCAUUCCUGGCCCACCCUGCAGGCAGCAGAGCCCAGCUCCUCCUGCACCUGGGGUAAGGGGACCCCCAGCUCUGGCAGUGGGUGCUCAGGUCUUUGUGGGUGGUCUCUGAGGGACUCAAAACAGUGACCUGUAGGAGACCCAUCAGGUGCCACCAUCUGGACCAAAAGAACCAGCCCUCUGGGAGCAGGUCCAACUCAGCCCCCCAAAAGCACUCGCCCCCAGACCCCAUCCCUACUCCCUAGCAAGAGACGCAGGGGUCCUGGGGCUCCCAGUGGGUGUAUGAGGGAUUUUGGCCCCGAGACCCGCGCCCCACCCAGCCCCUCCCAUAUGGAAUAGCCCCCCUGAAACACCAAUGUCCCCAUUUGUCCCCUACUUUGUUCUGCUGUGUGCUUCCUUCUCAGUGUGACUCUGAAAGCUAUGUAGCUCCUUUUUAUUGUAGAUACUGCUGUGAUCUCUCGUUUUCUUGGUGUGUCCUUCCAGAUAAUAUAUAUGAAAAUACAAUACAUAAUAUAUAUAAAUCCGGUCCCUGACCUUUUUGGGUUUAUUUUCCCUUGCAUUCUUGUCCAAGCAGUGCUCCGUGGUUCCCCGGGAGGUGGUUUGGUCAUGCUUGCCUUCGGUUCCUCACCUUGGUUUUGUUGGUCAGUUUGGUUUUCCCUGCUGUUUUUUUUUUUUCUAUUUGCGUUGGUUUUCUUUCUUUCCCAGUCACAGCGGAAUUCAAUGCAUUUUCCUGUCUGAGCGCAACCUGGUUUUGUCACAGUGGCAUCAAGGCUGCAGCACUCACGAGAUGGCAAUGUGUAAACCGGAUUUAAAUAACCUGUUGCUGUAGAAGAGGAUUUACUAUGUUGGAAAAAAAAACCCAACAAACUAAUAAAGACAUUAAGAACC